CCGAAAAAAACAAAUAUUCUUUUUUUUUUUUUUUUGAUCUCAUAGAAUUAUUUUUAACAAUCAAUAAACAAAAAAACUAGGAAGACACUUGAGAAGUAAUUUAGUUUUUUUAAUGGCAUUUGUCUAUUUUUAAGUUUAUUUUAUGAUCUUUCGAUUGUCUGUAUUCGAAUAGUUAUUCUUUAUAUUAUAGAAACGAAAUUAUUGAUCAAGUAAUGCGUACAACCAACACAUGUUCUUCUGUUUUUUUUCGAGCGUUUUAAGUAUUAUUAAUAAUAGCUGAUUCUAUUUUCUGAAGUAUCAUUCAAUUUUAUUUGAUAUUAUAUAAGUUUUUUAUGAAUAUUAGAUGAUGGAAUGUUUAUUACAUAUAUUAAUAUUAUAAUCAAAUAAUUUAACAUUUUUUUUUUGUUUUUAAAAUAACACACAAUAUUCUAUCAAUUAACUAGAAAAUAUAUAUUAAUUCAAAUAAUAUUUGCUUGUUUUUAAAAAUAGUAUAUUAUUAAAAAUUGGUUGAAAUUAACUUUUUUGUUUUGUUUUUCUUUUAGUCCAACCGGUCAUAAUUAUGUUCAUUCGGAAAGAGAUGAAUAUAAUAAUCAUCAUUAUUCAAUAAGUAGUAAAAGUCCAAUAGUAUCAAGAAAAACUAAUGAAGAAAAUAUUUUAUUAAAUGAUGAUAAUGAACAACCAAACAUUCCAUUAUCAUCAUCAAAAGUAAAAUGGUUUGACGCUGUACGAACAGUAACACAAUUAAAUCAAGUAAGAAAAAAAAAGAAACAAAUGUUGAUUAGAAAUAUGUGCAUUCACAGAGAAAAUAUUUUCAUUAUGCUAGAUUUACGUAUAUGACCUUUGUUUUACGGCAUUUUUUUUUCUAUUAACUUCUACCAGAUUUGAUUUCAUAUAUCACAUAACGUUGUUGAAUCUAUCGUAAAUAUACUGUUUUUGUAUUCUAAGUAUAAAUUCUUUAAUAUAAUUGUUUAUUUAACAUAUGAUAUUCUUAUUUUAUUUAUUCAAAUGAUAGAAAAGAUUAUCUCUUAAAAAAUUCUAAUCUCAUUAAUUAUUUUUAAUUUAACAUAUCAAUAAAAUAUUAAUUUUCUUUGAAGAAAAAGAAAAAAAGAAGAAUAAAUCUUUUUCUUCUUUAAUAUAACGUUAAAAGUAAAAGAAGAUAUAUCAUUAGUUUAGAAAAAACAAUAGGUUUUUUUAAUCCCACCAUGAUAUUUUUCUAGUUCAUAUAAAAGAAUUGUUUAUGCGAAGAAGUGCGCCCGCAGCUGUGUAUAUAUAAUAAUCAAAGUGAGAUAUAUUUUCUUGUUAUUGUGUCUUAUCGUGUACACGAUUCUGUUGAGUUUUUUCGUCUCGUUAUAAAACUUCAAUGAAAUAAUUAUAGUUAUUCCUUGUUUUUUUUUUGUAACAGCUGCUGCUUUUUUUUUUUCUAAACUGAAAACAGUAAGAGAAAAUAAAAAAAACAUUUAUUUUCUGUUUAUCAUUCGAUGGGUAAAUAUUCGAAAUAGCAUUCUUACAA